AUGUCGCUCGAAAUCCAAACCCGGAAUAUGCAGGAGCGAACCUUCUGCAAGUGGUUAAAUACAAAACUCGAGGCGAAUGGAUACCCGCCAAUGUCUUCGUUGGUGAAAGACCUUUCUGAUGGCGUGCGGCUCAUCCAGCUUAUGGAAAUCAUGGGAGACACCUCAUUGGGAAGGUACAACAAGAACCCGCGAAUGAGAGUCCAGAAGGCGGAGAACGUCACGAAAGCAUUGGAAUUCAUCACGUCCAGAGGCGUCAAGCUCACCAACAUCGGCCCUGAAGACAUCAUCGAUGGCAACCUCAAACUCAUCCUGGGCAUGAUCUGGACACUCAUCCUGCGGUUUACCAUCGCCGACAUUAGUGAAGAAGGUCUAUCGGCAAAGGAGGGUCUACUCCUCUGGUGCCAACGCAAGACUGCGCCCUAUAAAGAAGUUGAUGUCCAAGAUUUCUCGAGAAGUUGGCAGGACGGUCUUGCUUUAUGCGCGCUGAUUCAUUGCCAUCGCCCGGAUUUGUUGGACUAUGACAAGUUGGACAAGGAAGAUCGGCAUGGAAAUACCGCUUUGGCGUUCAAGAUUGCAGCUGAGCAUCUUGGGAUCGCGCAACUUCUAGAAGUGGAAGAUCUUUGUGACUCUCCGAACCCUGACGAACGUAGUGUCAUGACCUACAUCGCUAGUUUCUUCCAUGCUUUCUCAUCGAUGGAGCAAUCGGAAACCGAAUCGCGACGGGUGGAAAAGUUCGCAGAGCUCAUGCAAUCUGUUUGGAUCAUCCGAAACGACUACGAACGACGAGCACAAUUGCUAUUAGACAACGUUGCGGAAGUUCAAAAGCAGUGGGAGGCAUCAAAGUUCGAUGGGACGUAUGGGGAUGCUAAGGAGCAGUCUGCCAACUUCAACACGUACAAGCAAACGACGAAGAGAACAUGGGUUACGGAGCGUCAAGACGUGAUCACGCUGUUUGGGAAUGUUCAAACAAAGUUGAAGACGUACGCACUUGCAGAGUAUGUGCCACCGGAUGGACUGGCGCCGUCCGACCUGGACUCCGCUUGGCAAGAGCUCCUGCAAUCAGAAGCGAAACGCUCAAGGGCUAUCAAUGCACAGAUUCGAAAGAUCAAAGAGGAUUUGAGAAAGAAGUUUGCCGACUUGGCUAACGCUUUCGCCGAUCGACUGCACGAAGUGUCGGUUGAACUUGCUUCGAUAGAAGGGCCGCUCCAGGACCAAGAACAAAACGCAAAGGAGAUCCAAAAGCGAAUACCCAAGCUAUCGGAGGACCUCGCCGCUGUGGCCGCAGCCGAAGCUGAAUGCUUAGCAGCCAACGUCGAAGAGAACGACUACACCGUGUUCACAUGGCAAGAUCUCGAGUUCGAGCUGGAGCUCCUCGUCCAUGCCAUUGCCAAGAAGAUCGCUUUCAUUGACAACCAAAUCGUCUCCCGCAACAUGACGAACUUGACUCCGGCGCAGCUUGAACAAUUUGAGAGCACCUUCCGCUACUUUGACAAGGGCGAAACGAACACGCUGAACAUCUUGGAGAUGAUGGCUGCGCUUGCGAGUCUCGGCAUUGUGUAUUCGGACGAGGAUAUGGUGUCGAUCUACGAUCAACUCGUCGCAGAGUAUGGCGCGAUAACGUAUGAGGCCUUCAUCAACCUACUGGUGGACAUCACGGAAGAUCAGACCAGUCCUGACCAAUUGCGUGAAUCGUUCCAGGGGAUCGCACACGAUAAGCAACAGCCUUUCGUGACGGAACUGGACCUGCGGUUGGCUCAGAUCCCGCAAGCGUCGAUUGACUAUCUGGUGAAAGCGAUGCCGAGUAAUCUGAAUGAAGCUGGGGAACCAGAGUAUGAUUAUCUACGAUGGCUAGACGAGGUCAGUUCGAACCGCAACACCGCCCAUUCCGCUCUCUCCCUCUCACCGUCACCCUCGUAUUCUCGCAUCCUCUUCACAAUGGCUUCCGGUGUCGGCGUCAACGAAUCAUGUCUGACCGCGUUCCAAGAACUCAAGUUGGGCAAGAAGACCAAAUUCAUCAUCUACGCCCUGAACAAGGAGAACACAGAGAUUAUCGUCGAGAAAACCUCCCAAUCGCAGGAGUACCAGGACUUCAUUGACGCUCUGCCCAGCGAUCAACCGCGAUUCGCUGUGUAUGACUUUGAGUUCGAGAAGGAAGGUGCAGGCAAGCGAAACAAGAUCACCUUUGUAUCUUGGUCCCCCGAUGACGCAAAGAUCAAGCAGAAGAUGGUGUACGCCUCCUCAAAGGAUGCUCUCCGACGUUCGUUGCAAGGUGUAGCUGUCGAGAUUCAGGGCACGGAUUACGAUGAGAUCGCGUAUGAUUCCGUUCUCGACAAGGCCAAUCGUGGAGCGUAGACGAUGAAAUUUCAAUCAGCCACCCCUUUUUUCGAUUCCCCCCUUCUCUUUCUCAAGUACAAGAAUUAAUAUCAACGAUGUGCUCUUUAUUUUUGGACGAUUAUCAUCAUCAAAUUCCCCUCUU